UCUAUACAGUAAGAAGCCCGGUUGUGGUAGAUGUUGGCUUCAAGGAAGUGUUUACUUUGGAAAAAAAAAAAAAAAGGAACGAAGUGUUUAUGUUGGGCCUUAUACCAGCCACAGCUCACAAAGGCCCUCAAUUCGCCCUAUAGGUCUCGCUGGCUUGGCGAAUCGGCCAUUGCAGAAGUCUCAACACUGGAGAGAGGAACUCCAAUUUGGGGGCAAUGCGACUCGUGCUGACCUCACCCAAAAUCCGACCGUUUAUCCCCUAUCCAAUUCAAAAUUUCCUCCAUACCUGUCCAACAAGCCUCAAAUUCUCUCUUAAUCCUCCUUCAAAUUGUCGCCGAAGCUAUCCAAUAGCAGCCAAGUCUCAACAAACCCACCGCUCUAAUCCCCUAACCAAGUCCCCGGACGAUGGCAUCCCCAUCGAAGAUAUCAAAAUCAUUGCUAAAUUCAAGUCUAGAUAUAACUACAUUCGUGUUCUCGAAGUAUCUCGUAAAGCCGACCAUCCUCUUGCCGGCUCAAGACUCCUCCUUCUAGAUGCCCCGGGAAACAUCCAUAGCAUUUCCUUUCGUUUCAAAUUACUCACUGAUACUUAUUUCGACGUUUUCGCCACUUUGCCUCCAAUUUUGCCGCCUGGACCUGUGGCAGUUCUCGGGUUCGGGGCGGGCUCUGCGGCCCGUUUAAUUCUAGAGUUGUAUCCGGACGUGGCGGUUCAUGGAUGGGAGCUUGACCCAUCCGUGAUUGCUGUUGGCAGAGAGUACUUUGGCCUUGAAAAGCUCGAAAAGCAGCACCCGGAUAGGCUUUUUGUUUAUAUUGGAAAUGCAUUGCUGUUAAAAUCUGUUGUUAAAGACGGGUUUUCGGGAAUCAUUGUUGACUUGUUUAGUGAGGGUAGUGUGAUCCCCGAGCUUCAAGAUCCAAACACUUGGGAGGAGUUAAUCAGGUGUUUGAGGAAGGGCGGUAGAAUCAUGGUGAAUGUUGGUGGCCGUUGUGUGGAGGCGGAGGAUAAGAGAAGGGAUGGCGAUGUGGUUAUGGAGGAUACUUUGAAGGCAAUGCAUCAGGUAUUCGGAGAUGAUGUUUUUGUUUUGAGUCUUGGAAAUCGAAAGGACGAUAGCUCGGUUGCUCUUACCGGUAAAUUACCUGAUCUUGAUGAAUGGAAAAAGGUGCUUCCUAAGUCGUUGAGGUUUUAUGUUGAUAUGUGGGCACCAUUUAGGUGUUAGUCUGGUACAUUCCCAGCUAUCUGGAUUAUUUUAAUGGUGCUUCGUGUGCAAUUGAACUUGUAGGAUAAGGGAUUUUAUGGAGAAUUGUAUGAAUGCGCUCUUUGUAUUUGUGUUAAUUCCUGUAUGAACUUGUUAUCAAGAGGAUAUGUUUAUUUUGUUUA